AUGGGAACGGUCAACAGCUGUAUCGUGUGCAACCAACCGCAUCGGAUUUACGAUUGCGAGGUGUUCAAACGGAUGUCAAUCGAACAGAAGCAAGACACCAUCCGCAAGAAGAAGCUAUGCUGGAAUUGCUUAUCAUCGAGUCAUCUCAGCCGUGACUGCUCCUCCAAACCCUGUCGGAAGUGCAACGAAAAACACCACACACUUUUGCAUUCUUCCUCCCCCAACGAUCGUUACACCCAACCCCAAGUCAAACCACCUACUGGAAAUCUAAAAUCCACCACCUACACCGGAAGCGGAGCCGUUGUUCCGGCAUCGUUGUCCACUCCAAUUCCACCAUCACCACUCACCUCGUCUGCCACCCACCAACCUCUCACCAACGCAUUAGCUGCAGCAAGCUCUUCCACCACCACCUACUCAACUGUUCUGUUAUCCACCGCCGUGGUAAAGGUCCACGGCCUGUCGGGGAGAUCUACAUUUGUUCGAACCCUGUUGGACUCCUGCUCCGAGUCAAACUUCAUCACCGAAAGAAUCGUUCAGCUUUUGGGAUUGAACCGACGAAAGCAAGCUGCAAUUAUCGCUGGAAUGGGUGGCUCUACUGUCAGCAGUACUUACUGCACCGUAGCAGAUUUCAGUUCUGUUAAUUCCACCUACUCUAACACACUGACGUUCAGGAUCCUCUCCAAGAUCACCAACGAUCUGCCCUCUCGGGCAAUCGACAUUUCGCAAUGGAACCUCCCUCCUGAGGUAAUCUUGGCAGACCCAGAUUUUGCUUCGCCGCAAAGGAUCGAUAUGGUUAUCGGUGCUCAACUGUUCUUCAGCCUUCUGCAGGAAGGACAGAUCCCAGUAAAUGCUGGUCCUUCUGAACACCAGCCUAUUCUCCAACGUACCGUGCUCGGAUGGGUAGUAAGUGGACCUGUUUCCAUCGAUACCGCUACCCAAGGACCUGAGCGAGUCGCUCUGUUGUGUACCACCGAUGACUUGGACCAACAACUGACUCGAUUCUGGGAAGUCGAGAGUUGCCCUCAAAGCCGUGGACUGUCUAAGGAAGAAUUAGCUUGCGAGAUGUACUUUUCCGAAACCACCACCCGCGACGAAUCAGGCCGAUUCGUUGUACGCCUGCCGAAGAAAGAGCACGUCUUGAGUCAACUUGGUGAUUCCGAGAUCGGUGCCCUUCGCAGAUUUCAAUGGAUGCAACGGCGACUCAGCAAGAACCCCGAUUUGAAGGCCCAGUAUGUAGACUUCAUGGCAGAGUACAUAGAACUUGGCCAUAUGGUUCCCGUAGACCCAUUACAAGACAAAACCCAUACCUGCUCGUUCUAUCUUCCCCAUCACGCCGUGCUCAAGCCGAGCAGCACUACCACUAAGUGCAGAGUGGUUUUCGAUGGGUCCAGCAAGUCUUCUACGGGAAUCUCUCUCAAUGACUGCCUCAUGGUGGGGCCGACUGUUCAGGACACAUUAUACGCUAUCGUCAUCAGAUUCUGCAUGUACGAGGUGGCUUUAGUUGCAGAUGUAACCAAGAUGUAUCGCCAGAUGUGGGUACAUCCUGACGAUAGGCGUCUUCAGCUCGUGUACUGGCAAAGCAGGACUGAUUCACACGUCCAUCCCUACGAGCUGACCACGGUAACAUACGGCACCGCAUGUGCGCCGUAUCUAGCUACUCGGUGUCUACAGCAAUUGUCCUAUGAUCACUCGGUGAGCGAAACCGAUACUGCAGCACGAAUCGGUAAGGAUUUCUACGUGGACGAUUUCCUCAGCGGUGCUGACACUGUGGAAGAAGCAACUCAGCUGCGUUCUGGAGUGCAGAGCAUCCUCGCGUCCGCAGGGUUCGAACUUCGAAAGUGGUCGUCGAAUUCGUCCGAAGUGUUGUCACACAUCCCGGACAACCUGAAGGAUGAUAGGCCAAUUGUCGCAGUUGAUGACAUCCAAGGCUCCGUCAGCACACUCGGUCUGCUGUGGCACCCUGAAUCGGAUACCUUCCGGUUCAAAGUUCCUGAGCGAUUCUCUGAUAAUCCGAUCACGAAACGAAUCGUGGUCUCCGAGAUGUCCAAACUCUUCGACCCAUUGGCUGGGACGAAGAGCUUUCCAAUGCACUCUGUACCGUGUGGGAAGACUACAGACUUGGUCUGGCUGCUCUAG